UUACAAGUAACAAGAAGGAUCCUCUCCUUGACAAAUGACGAGAUGGCUGAAGGCUUAUGGACGUCCACGUCAGAAGGUAAUGAUCAUCGCGGGGCCUGGGGUCACGUGAUGUGCCAUCCCGCCAAGACAAGACAUCCCGCCAAGCAUGGGAUGGCAAUGGGAUUAGGGAUGGCAUGCCAUCACAGACAUCCCGCCAAGGAGCAAGAAAAUGGGAUGGACGGGAUGGCAGGACUGGAAGCAAUGAGGAUAUAAGGAUGGAUGG